AUGAAGACUAAAGUGGCUAAAACAAAACUGGUUCCACCGGACGGAGGAUGGGGAUGGGUUGUUCUUUUUUCUGCUCUUCUUGUUAACUUCCUGAUACCCGGCACGGUAAAGUCCUUUGGAGUCCUCUUUGUCGAAUUCCUCCAGGUAUUUAAGGCCUCACCUACUGCCGCUUCGUGGAUGCCUGCGUUAUGUUACUUUCUUUACAGUUCAUUGGGGCCAUUGUCCAGUGUACUAUCAAUAAAAUACUCCUACAAAACAGUAACGCUAAUUGGAGGGACUUUUGCAGCUGUUGGAAUGAUGACCAGUUACUUCGCUACCUCUGUUUCUUAUUUAUACGUCAGCUACGGCUUGAUGGUCGGCAUCGGAGCGGGUCUAACCUUCCCUCCAACAAUCUACAUAGUAACAGCGUACUUCGAGCGCCUGCGCGGACUCGCCAACGGCCUGUGUAUAUCAGGGAGCGCAAUUGGUACAAUAGUGUUACCGCCAUUUCUUCAAUACCUCCUGAACCAUUUCGGCCACCGAGGCGCCGUGCUGAUAAUGGGAGCCCUGACCCUCAACACACUAGUCUGCGCUCUGCUUUACCACCCGGUGAGCGAGCACAUGAAGGAAGUUCCAGUAGAGGGCAUUGACAACGCCGCGAUGACACUCGACGAGCCGAUAAUUGAGUCGAAGAUUACCGAAGGAAAAUCACGACCCGGAACUCCGAACAAUUCAAACCACGAUCGCCUCACUGAGUUGUCAAAAUAUCUUGAAAAAAAUCUCAACCCACCAUCUAUGACCGUCGUCAAUGAAAAUGAAGGUGAAAACGAGCUAGACCAAUCUGAGUUCCAGGAACCGAAACAUGUUCCUGGAACCAAGUUCCAGGAACCCAAUCAUGUUCUAGGAACCAAGUUUCAAAAACCGAACUAUGUUCCAGGAACCGAGUUCCAGGAACCGAACAUUCUUCCAGGAACCAAGUUCCAAGAAAAUAAUGUUCCAAGAACCGAGUUUCAAAAACCGAACUAUGUUCCAGGAACAGAGUUCCAGGAACCGAGCCAUGUUCCAGGAACCAAGUUCCAAGAACCGAACUAUGUUCCAGGAACUGAAUUUGAGGAACAUACUCAAGUUCUAAGAACAGAGUUCCAGGAACAGAACCAUGUUCCAGGAACCAAGUUCCAGGAACCGGACCAUGAAAAGAAUGAAAUAGUUCUACCAAUAGAUACUGUAGCACUUAGUCGUACAAAUUCCACCCGAGUUAGCAAAAAGAACUUCCAUCUUUCCCGCCAUGGCAGUAUCGUCUCCGAAAUGGGGCCAGUUGCCCUCAGCCCCAGGAACAAUGUUCCAGGGCUGUUCCGACGGUUCUUCAAGACUCCGAAGAAAACUCGUGGCAAGAACAAGAACAAGCUUGAACAAGAUGAAACUUCUCAAGGAACCGGAACCAUAACAAGCACAGACUCUAGCGCCACCAUCGCCAGUUCCGAGUCCAGCGCCACCAUCAGCAGUUCCGACUCCAGUUCCACGGAAGACAACAAGUUCUUCGACUUCAGCGUCCUCCGCGAUCCACUUUAUAUAGUUAUUUUGAUCUCUAAUUCGACUUCCGCCAUUAGUAACACGAACUUCAUGAUCUUGCUGCCAUCUUACGCAAUUUCUGAAGGCUUUGACAAGAACAUGUCCGCCCUGCUGCUGUCUAUAGUCUCUGCGCUGGAUCUGGUAGGGCGCAUAGGUGGCGCUUCGCUCUCGGACAUCGACUUUGUGCCAAAGUAUUAUUAUUUUGUGGGAGGCUUAGGAUUGAGUGGAAUUGCGCUUGCGCUGUUACCAAUGGCGACUUCUUAUAUGAUGUUGUCCUUCUUUUGCGCACUUUUUGGACUUUCUUCGGGGAUGUAUAUUGGAAUUACGACUGUAAUUUUGGCGGACAUGUUAGGCACGGAAAAAUUGAGUUCUUCCUAUGGAAUUUCUUUGUUUGUUAAUGGCGUACUGCAGUUAGUUGGACCGCCGGUCUGUGGCGCCAUCUAUGAAAGAGUCGGGACUUAUAAACCGAUUUUUUUGGCUUUUGGCAUUAUUUUGAUACUUGGAACGGCUCUGUGGGCUGUUGUGCCGCUUAUUAAGAGGAAGCCUAAGGAACAACAAGAGGAAUGA